CUUCGAGGAGUAUACAGAAGCUAUGGCGUCUACAAAUGAUUCCAUGGUCUCCAUCGACCGGAUUUAUCUGGACACCCUCAUCAGAAGGGCUCAAUUAAACGCCGACAAUGAUCCUAACUCGAGUUACCUCACCGUUACGAUUACCCGCGCCGAGCAUGACAUCCUUGUGAAAAAGGCCCGAGAAUUCGCAAACUUGCGUCGCAACCUCAUGCGAGGUGGUGUAACGGAAGCUACCCUUGCUGUAUUGACCUGUGACGAGUCCAACUAUCAAGAGGAUAAUGUUGGAGAGCAGACCACUUCACCAUCCGAGGCUCCUCAGAACGAGACUCAACGCCCAGUCAGCCAGCCACGCGUGAAGGCGGCCACGGCUACGCGGGGAAACCAAAUCUCAAGCCGACCUACGAUUCAGCAACCCGUCAAGCAUGAGUGGGCUGAGGAGGAGCCUGUCACCCUCGAUGAAUCUGAGGCGACGAUUUCUCCCGUUGAUCCUGAGCCUAAGCCUGAACAUGGGUUUGGGAAUCAAAAUGAUGCCCAGUUGCCCAUGCGGCCUCAGUUCGAGCGCUUGGCCACCAGGACCAUCUUCAUCUCGAACCUCGCCGAAGGCACAACUCACGCUGAUAUCGUUGAUGUUGUUCGUGGUGGUCAGCUUCUGGACAUCUUCAUAAGACCCCACGACCGGAAUGCUCAUGUGUCUUUCCUACAUGGCACGGACGCAGCGGCCUUCCUUGAGCAUACCCGGCGCCAUGAUCUGUACAUCAGGCAGAAGAGAGUUGAUGUUCGAUGGGCUGAUCGACACUUCAAUUUGCCCGGUCAUGUUGCGAGCAAGCUCGGCACUGGUGCUACUCGCAAUCUCAUCAUUCGGCGAUGCGACCCGAAGCUCACUGAGGAGGAGAUCCGCGAUGACAUGGAGCACAUCCACAACUUGAUUGUCAUCGCUGUCAGUUUCCGUGGUGGAAGCUGCUACAUCAGCACGAACUCAGUGCACAAUGCCAUGUUUGCGCGGACCUGCAUGAUGAGUCGAUUCAAAUACAAGGGAUCUAGGAUCGAGUGGGGUGUCGAUGAGUGUGCGCAGCCCUUGCCAGCCGAACCUCAGCGAAUCCAGACUCAAGUACCCCCGAACAGACGCCCAAUGAAUCCUAUGGCCAACCGUUUCGAGCUUUUGAAGUUAGACAAGGCUGAGGAGGACGAGGAAAACAUUCGGCCGGAGUUUCACACCAGCUCCCGGCUGAAGAUUGUGGUUUGAUGAUGAAUAACGAAGUCCGGAUUCCGUACGAUUCCCAGCAGACUUGAGAUUGGGGGCGAAGUUUGACAGCCCCCUGGUAUAUAUGUUGGUCGUUCGAGCCUUUGAGUCUUUGUUUUGUUGGUAUUUUGGGGGAAAAGUCCGCAAUGUUUCUUGGCGGGAGGGCAGUAAGGAGUUCUAGAGAUACCCUACGCCUUGAGUGUGUUUGCCAUUUUAUUACAGGACGCGUUGUCCGCCAGUUUUCGAUUCCAUCUGUGAAGACGGAGUAGACCUCUGACCAAUUCACAGUAUGGUCGAUUCUUUAGCAUCAAUGAAAGCAUCGAUUAGCGAAGUA